CGGACGGUCAGGAGCUCGAGAGGUGCGGACGAAGGAAAGAUGACUAUUAUGGCCGGGGCACGAGGUGAAGGCAGGGACGUGCAUCGCCUGAAAGCGAGGCAGGAUCGGAAGUCGUGCAACGAUCGUGGACCGCAUCGCUAUGAGUCAAUGAGUGGGUGGCGGUUCUGUGGCAAGCUGUUGGACGAUGGAGAGCCUGCUCAUCCCUACGUUAUUUGGAUGGCAUCCUGGUAUGUGUCUCAGAUCAGGCUGGGUUGCAUGCGCGAGAUUACGCGGGGGCGUGGGACGGCUGCUCGAUCGCUGCGCCUUGCCUGCUUUGGAAGGACGCUCAUCAUUCAGCGCUUUCGGCGCUCAGCCAACUCCGCCUGCUCAGGGUCGAGCAAUUGCAAGCUAUUCCCCCAUUUCGGUCAGACAAGUGCUCAAUCUCCAGAUUCUCGCCGGCAAACUGCCUGAAGGGACUCGGGGAAGGCAGUUAUUCUUCCGAAAUGGCGGUGAUAUUUGCGACUAAGUAUUGGGCCCGGAUCCCUUGACAAGCACUGUACAUGCCCUUAGCGCGGACGGGUAGUGUUCAUUGGCUUCUCUCGCAUCCGACCCGCACGAGCCGACGCGGGCUAUAAAUCCAUCCCUGUCCGCUCCCCACGCGCCUUUGCCUUUCUUCCCCUCUCCUUCCCAUCCUCCACAAUGCAAGCCAUUAAGAGCUUGUUAUCUCCUCUCACCGGGAACAGUAAUCCUAUCCAGGACACUCUGAAACUGGUCGUUAUUGGGGGCACGGUAGAAACAGCGCGACGGGCGUCCGUUUCGGCCUGGAAUGGCUUCAUUGACUCCUUCUUCCUCACCGCCCAUUUCAGUCAAGAAGACUAUCCCUAUGAUUGGUUGAUGCACUGGCUGUCUAAGCAACCCGCAUGGGGUCGGAGCCGGGAGUUUGACAUUACCACGCGCUCUAUAAGCCGGCACGGGCUAACGCAGAAGACGUCAGGAGAUCUAGAGGACGAGAACGAAGCCGACGAGGAUGCGGAGGAGUUCGCGCAGGGUGGCGGCCGCAAACGUAAAGUUGCGAUUGUGCCCAGUAUGGAUACGACGCAUACCAUCUACUACCGUGGCCACUGGCUCCGCAUAACCCGCACGAAGCGCUUCCAGGACUACGGCUCCUGUGCUGAGCUCAAAAUAAGCGUUGUGGCGCGUAACAACGACAUUCUCAAGCGACUUGUGCUCGAAGCCAAGCGUGAGUACGAAAAGGAUGCGGAGCACCGCGUGCACAUCUUCAUGGCAGACACAACGUAUGGUUGUUGGCGGUGGAAUGGUGCGCGCCAGAAGCGUCCCAUGAGCUCUAUCGUGCUUGAGCCGGGUGUCAAGGAUAUGAUCCUUGCGGACUGCAAGGACUUCCUCGCUUCCGAGGACUGGUAUGCCGAGAGAGGCAUUCCAUUCCGCCGCGGCUAUCUGUUGCACGGAGUCCCCGGAAGCGGAAAGACGUCGCUCAUUCACAGCCUUGCCGGAGAACUCGGGCUCGACAUCUAUGUGGUCAGCCUAUCAUCCAAGGGGAUGAGUGAUAACACGCUUACUACGCUGAUGGGCAACGUGCCAUCGAGAUGUAUCCUCCUUCUGGAAGACCUGGACGCGGCGUUCACUCGCGGUAUUUCCCGGGACGAGUCCUCCACAGGUGUCCCGACGUCCUCCUCUAGCAGCUCUUCGUCAUCGAAGAACAAGGAUGAGAAUAACGACGGCUCGACGCUCUCCCUGAGCGGUCUGUUGAACAGCCUCGACGGUGUCGCCGCCGCCGAGGGCCGUCUUCUAUUCGCGACGACCAACCACAUCGAGCGGCUUGACCCUGCGCUCAGCCGCCCAGGGCGGAUGGACGUCUGGGUAAACUUCAAGCAUGCGACCAAGUGGCAGGCGGAAGGGAUCUUCAAGUGCUUCUUCCCUGCCAAGUCGACCAGCGCCAACCCAACUGCGCCGGCGAGUGGGAGCGUGUCCGAGGAGGGUGGCAAGACCAAGCACCCAGGAGACGCGACGUCGUCGGCGAACCUUGCCGAGUCAAAGCGCAAACGCGCGGCGCAUUCGAUUCCUCUCCUGACUGAGGAGGAAAUCUCGGAGCUCGCAGGGCGUUUCGCGGAUGCUAUUCCCGAGGGAGAGCUUAGCGUCGCCGCUCUCCAGGGCUAUCUGCUUCGCAACAAGACCCGGCCUCGCGAGUGUGUGGACGAAGUCGCAGCAUGGGUCAUUUCCGAGCGGGAAAUGCGCGAGAAGCUUAAGAAAGAGAAGGAGGAGCGUGAGGCUAAGGAGAAGAAGGAAGCUGAGGAGAAGGCGCGGAAGGAGAAGGAAGAGACCGAAACGGAAGAGAAGGAUAAGGCUGCGAAAGAGGUAUGGAAGUUACGAAGCCAUGCCGUGCUUUAAGCUUCACGCAAGGUGACUGAUGCAUCACACACGUUGCAUAGAAGGCAGAGAAAGAGCUGUUGGUCAAGGAGCAACAACAGAAGAAGGAGACGCGCGUCAAGACGAAACGCCGCGAGGCUAAAGUGGCCGCGCCGACGGAUAGUGACAGCGCAGCGUCCUCCCCCGCGGACCCUAGCUCAGAGUCGUCUACGUCUACGUCCGAGUUGGAGAACACGAGCGGCGCCGAUGCCGACACAGAAGAGAGCAUCACUUCCGAAGAGGAGUCCGAGAAGACCACUAAGACGUCUGAGAAGUGGGUCGCCGUCAAGACAGAGCAGCCUCAAGCUCAGGUUGACUCCGAUGCCCAGACAGCGAGUGAGCCUGAAACCGAGUUGCCGUCGGCGACUGAGAGCUCAAUUGUGAGCGCGUGACGUGCAGCUGGCGGUACUCGAUACUCUGUCUUCGGUGUGCUAUGCUAUGACCUCGCUGGUCGAACGUCUGGGUUACUUGUCAUGCUCUUUGAUGUACAGUCAUUUCCCCGUCCAGAAACCCGUUCUGGCUCGAUUGCAGACCAAACGGGUCUCGCAUGUCAUGUAGAUGCUCUACGAAAGCGAUGCCUCUUUGUACGUACCUUCCGAUGAUAUCCUCCUUGACGUUUGUUGUGUAAUGAUGUUCCUAGACCUAGACUGCCGCGUGCUGUUCAUUCGUACAUUCGCCGCGCUUAUACACGUUAGUCGGUGAUACUCCCCGUGUCUAUCGAAU